UUGGGCAUAUUCCAGGUCGGACAAUUUUGGGCGUUUGGAAAAAAGAUUUGGACAAGUCCGGAAUAUACGGGCAAAUCCCAUCACUGAUCUGAAAGAUUGUCAUUAUGAUGGAUGGCUGUACUAAAUGAAUCCCAGAAUGUCUGCCACUUGGAUGGAUCUCCUCGAAACUUCUUUAAGUCUAGUUUGGGUAAAUUUAUGUGGAUUGACUGGCUAAGGCAUGAGACCGAUGCAAGUGUGGGAUCACCGAAAUUCAUAUACAUGUAUGUCUGUAAUUUACUGUCUAAGGCUUGUUUGGUUUGGAAUAAAUUAAUGACAUGUUCGGAAAUCUCAUCUGGCUUGAAUAGGGAUACUCAACAACCGAUCUGCUUUCGACAAGGAAUUAUUCACAGAUAAACGAUAACCCGAUCGUUGUUUUAAAAUCCUUCUUUGUGUGGCUGUGAUAUUUGGUUUGUUUGUCGAAUCCAUUUGUGGCUCUGUCUGUGUGUCGGCAGUUGACAUUUCGUACUAGUUUGUUUGGGUUGUUCAGCAAAGUCAAAAGUAGACGAAACUUACAAAGUUACGUGGAUUUCUUUGGAUUGUUCCGUAAGUUACAUUAGAAUCUAUCUGUCUCGUCGGACCAUGUAGGAUAUUAUAUUGGCGACUCAAAAUCUAAGGAUGGAUGGUUCAUUUGGAAAACAACAUGUGGAUUUUUAGGACUGUAUUUAAUUGCUGACACUUUACAACAACUCAUUUAUCAGGUCUUUUCUAAUUAUAUAGAAUUUGUAAUCGUGACAUUCGCGACUAUAACUUUGGGGCAAGAUUGGUUUUUCAAACGCUACAGAGCAACAGUACCGGCAGCAACCGGAGACGACUGAAAACGAACAAUAAAAAAUACAAUAAUGUCUAAUUCACCGACAAUAAUUAAGUGAGAGUGAUGAAACUGAAAUUACCUAUUAAUAAGACAAAUUGAGCUCUUCAUUUCUCACCAACUGGAAUAAAUAAGAAACUGAUUUUAAACACAGCUGAACUGGAGAGAGUUAUGUUGUAGAUUUUAUCUGGUUAUUGACCAAUGUCCAAACAGAAAGCAUCAGUGUAAGAAAAUAUGUCAGUAGAAGCUGUAAAUUCAACAUUUAGUGGCAGUGAAGAUGAGGGAGCAACUGGUGAGGAAUCAACUACAGAUCCAGAAUUAUGUCAUAGUGGGGAUGAACCCGAGUUAGAGUUUGAUGAAGAUGGCACUGAAUUAUCUUCAACUAAAGAAGCUGAACUUGAAGCCGAGUUAGAAGAAGAUGAUGAUUAUCCAGCUUAUAAAAUACGACCAUGGGAUUAUGAAUUAGCCAAAGAAACGGAAGGUGGAGCUUUUAGAAGUGGUGCAAUAACUCCAGAUGGAUUAAUUGAUGAAGAUUUUGAAAAAGAAUUAGGAAAUUCACCGGAUGAAGAAACUGUGAGUGAAUUCUAUGAUGUAGAAAGAUAUGGUAUCAUUGAAGUAGCAGGUGAUGAUUUGUAUGGUAGAAAAGUUAUUGUUUUCUCUUCUUGUAAACUUCCGUCCAAUAAAACAUUUGAUCACCAGCGAUUAUUAGAAUAUAUUAAACAUACAUUAGAUAAGUAUGUAGAAGAAGAUUAUGUAUUGGUGUAUUUCCAUUAUGGUUUAAGAAGCAGUAAUAAACCCAAAUUAUCGUGGCUAAUACAAGCCUAUAAAGCUUUCGACAGAAAAUAUAAGAAGAAUUUAAAGGCUUUAUAUCUUGUCCAUCCUACAAAUUUUAUUAAAAUAUUGUGGAAUAUUUUCAAGCCAAUAUUAAGUGCUAAGUUUGGAAAAAAAGUUAUGUAUGUGGAUUAUUUAGUAGAAUUAAAGAAUCAUCUUCAUUUUGAUCAGUUAACAGUUCCACUACCUGUAUUAGAAUAUGAUGGUAAACGUGUGAAUGCCUAUAAACCACAAUAUCCAUAUCAGUCCAGUUCAUUAGAAAAAGCUGGUCCCUUAAAAACACAACAAUUUGGCGUUUCUUUAGAAUAUAUAAAAAUAAAUUCUGGUCAGAUUAUUCCUAUAGUUGUAGAACAAAGUGUGGAGUUCUUGAAAGAAAAUGCUUUAGAUGUAGAAGGUAUAUUCCGUAGAUCAGCCAGUGCUUCAGUUUUAAAACAAGUUCAACAAAAAUAUAAUCAGGGUCAACCGGUUGAUUUUCAUGAAACCGGGGAUGUCCAUGUUCCAGCUGUACUAUUAAAAACAUUCCUUCGUGAACUCCAAGAUCCAAUAUUAACAUAUGAUUUAUAUGAACCAAUCACAAGACUGCACUUAUUAGAUAGUAAUAAACAGUUAGUAGAGGUUCAGAGAUUAUUACGUGAAGAAAUGCCAGAAGAUAACUAUGUUGUACUCAAAUAUGUUAUGCAGUUUCUAACAUUGGUGGUAGCCAAAUCUGAUGUCAACAAAAUGUCACCAAUGAAUCUUGCUAUUGUGUUUGGUCCAAAUCUGGUAUGGCCAAAAGGUCAAUCUAACCUCCUGUCUUUAAACCAUGUCAAUAUGUUUGCAUUGUUUCUCAUAGAAAAAUUUGACCUGGUCUUUCUUAGAUGAUGAUAAACUUCAUAAACAUAUACACAUGUACACUAUGUAAUAUAUCAAUUUGUUUAUAGCCAUAUAGAUAUAUAUAUAUUUAUGGUAUUGUUUAUUCUAUUUAAUAUGUGUAUAAAUAGAUUUAGAGGUUUUCCUGUAAUUAUAUAUAUAAGUAUAAUUAUGUUGUAUAUAUUACAAUGUACCUCUAAAUAUAUUUUACAUGUAAUGUAUUUGUAAUUCUUUAUAUUUUAAAUUACAUUUUCAAACAAUUGUGGAUCUUUUCCAUGAAUGAAAUUAAUGUAAUACUGAUUCUUUUCCUUGAAAGAAAUUAAAGUUAUACUGAUUCUUUUCCAUAAAGGAAACUAAAAUUAUACUGAUUCUUUUCCAUGAAGAAAAAUUGAUAUGUACAUUUAUGCUGCAUUCUGUAAUGAUGGAGAAAAUUGUAUUCCCGACUUUGUGACAUUCACAAAUAUGGUAGAUCACAAAUAUGGUAGACACUACUAGCGCACAUUCUAACUUUUUUUCAAUUAAACUAUUGAAUGUAAUUGCUAAACUCUUUGAUGUUUUUUUUUAUAAAUUCACUCAAUUUGAUGUUGAGCAGCCUGAACGUAUUUGUUAAGGCAUUUAUUGUCGGCUAGUAUCACCAGUUUUGUUGCUUAGGGUGAGGUCACUUUUUUGUGAAAAUAAUUUUUCUCCAAUUUCUUCACUUUCAAAAGUCAAACUGCCUAUUCAAAACUUCAAACUCGGAACACCAUUUUCUUCAACAGUCCAAAUUACAGCAUACAGAUAUAUAUACACGUAGAUGUAUAAUAAAAGUUUUUGAUAUAAUGAGACAUCUAUUAUAAAGAAAUUAAGUGUUUUCCUAUGUGAAUAAUAGAUUAUAAGAAUAUUUUAUAAGUAUUUUUUAGAUCUUAUACACACACGGAUGAUAGUUCUCCAGUUUUGAUAUGAUUAUGUAUUUGUGUUAAUAUGUACCUCACAUUUUAAAAGAGCCUUACUGUGAAAACAAACAUAUCAACUCCAUAAAUUUACCACAUAUGAUUAUGAAGGUUUUUUUUGUCAGACUUCUAUGUAAGAAUUUCACUAUAUGAAUAUUUUAUAAAUUCAGUUGACCUGUAGAUUGAUUUGAAUUGGGUUUGAUGUAGAUGGUGUUAUUUUAUUGUUUCAAUACUUUUUGUAAAAAAGCUUUAUCCAAAUAACCUGGUUGAUAUUCUCUGGGUUUUCCAGCUUCAUCCCACUUGUAAAGAUGGCUACGCACAGGCAAAUUAUUGAAAUACAAAAAUAUACCAUGUUUGUCCAAAAAUGACCUAAUUUGUGGUGAGUGGACGUUUAAUCUCUCUGUGCAAAAAUUUAUACAUUUAUUGAAAUGUGUUUGGAAGAUUAUUUCUACGAGUACAAUGUUUUAUAAAAGAAAUUUAUGAUAAAAAAUGUUGAUCACAUUGAAUGCUAGACAGGCUACUUUCUUGGAUAUUUUUCUACAGGAAAGUAUCUCAAAUUGACGUUAAUUGUGUAUAAUGGUUAUUUCUGCAGCUGUUUAGGCAACAAAAAUACAUAUUCGAAACAAAUUUAAAUCGUUUCUUUGAAUCUCACCCAACUAGUUAUACUCCAAAAGUGCAUUGAAGCAUCCAAGAUAAUUGCAGUUCCUUCAAACUCGUAUAUUUUUUAACAAUUUCUCCCAAAAAUCUCUCUUGUAUAUUAAAACACAUAAAAGUCUGAAAAAAUGUAUAAAAUAUGGUUGAAAUUAUUGAAUUUGAAAAAUAUAAAUUUGAUGAUAACUUUCCCAGUAAACAGUGUGUUAGUUUUGUAGAGUCUAUCUAUUUUAUUGUAGUUAUUUGUAGUAAUAUUUUUCUUGCUUUUUUAUUGAAUUGAAAUAGAUGGCAGCUGUUAUUUCUAGAUAAAAAGAUCUAUUUAUUUGUGUCUAUUUAUUUCAAAUGUCCCAGGUUUCUUUAAUGUAAAAUAAAAUUUGAGCUUUUAUUUACUUAAUUUAGAUAGUUGCUCGUACACUAUCUAUGUAACUACAGUAUUUGCUUGUCCCUACCCUAUGUUACCUAAGUGUAUUCAGUGCAUUUGCAAAAUUAUGUACAUGCAACUAUUAACCAUAAAGACUGUAAUUCAUAUACAUUUGAUUAAUCAUAGAUAGUGCACAUGUACUUUUAAUUUAAAUACAUUUGCUGACAAUAGAUGUUAAUUGAAGUACAUUUGAUUGACCAUAGGGCAUAGAAUUUUCAUAUAUAAAUUAAAUUGGGCUUUUGGCUCUGCAAAAUAAAGACUUGGAGUGAAAAUAAUCUGUAAUGAAAUUUAAGAUAGUUUGCUUGUAUACCACCAUGUAUAUCUUUUUUUUAUACUCCCACAUUUUAAUGUGGGCGUAUUAUCUUGUCACAUGGCCUAUCAGUCUUGUCAACAGUUGACAUAUGAAUGUGGUAAAUGCUACAGUUUUUAACAUAUUUUUUUCAAAUGUGGUGUAAAGCAUUGUAGUCAUGAGAGGACGAACCCUAUUGAUGUUCAGCAUUCAGCUACCUUCCGCUCCAAAGUUACACCCACCUUCCCGAAAACAUUGAGAGCUGGACAGACUACAUUUUUUAACUCAUCUUUUGGAAAUUGGGCCAUAAAGGUAUGAAUCCUAUUGAUUUUCAGCAAUCCGCAACCUUCUGUUCUGUAGUUACCCCCCUUUCCAAAUAUUUUAUGAAUGCAAUGGAGGCUACAGUUUUGGUGCGAGCAUUAGGACUAAGAGGAUGAACCCUAUUGAUUUUCAGCACUCAAGACCUUUCUGUUCCAGAGAUAUAUUGCAUGUCUGAAAAAGCUUUUGAAAACAAUAGAGAUCAAAUUUCUUGGGAUCCUUAUCAACAUCUAAGUUUUCCAUUUAGACAUGCUGCUGUCUAUGGCUGUCUUUUUUUUUUCUUUUUCUUUUUUUGAGACAUAGCUGCUAUUGUGGGCAUAUUUCCAUGCUUUGUGUGACUUUUUUUUUUCUUUUUUUUUUUUACUCAAUUCAAGAAACAUUAUUUCUUGUCUAGAAUGUAUAAUGAAUUUAUUGCAUAUAUGAUUUAUAUUGCUCAAGUAGUAUAAUAGAUAGCCAUAAACACACUUAUAGUUUGAAAUGAAAAAGAAAAAAGCUUAAAAUAGCUACUUUUGUACAUUAUUAUUUUAGUUGGGCUUAUGUGCGAAUUUUACUAUUAUUUUAAAAUGACAUUGAUUUUAUGACUAAGAUUUAUUUAAUUAUUGAGUAUACCUAUAAGAUAAAUGUUAAACAAAUGUCACUUGGGUUAUAUUUUUAAAGAUAUAUGAUGAAUUGAGAUAAAUUGUUUAGAAGGGGCUUCUAAUUAGUGGAGGAGUCACUUGUAAUCAUUUGUUUUUGGAAAUAAAUAUAUUGAUAUAUAA